AGCUUCCUGCAUGCUGAGUUAGUUUAUAAAAAAAGGCAUUAACUCUAGUCUGUGCAUAGAGCUGGGUAGUAACAGUAAAAUGAGCUUUCCGAGCCAGCCUUACUCUGCAAUCAUCAUUGGUAGGUUCAAAUGCAAGAUUCCUAUAAUUAACAUUCACAAAAAUACAAUUUUAAUUUAAGAUUUUGUGACACUUAAAUAUUAAUAAUUAAAUAUUUAGUUUUGCUCCCCAUUUUUUUACCAGGUCCUGUAGUAUUACACAUGAUAAGUGUUAUUGUAGGAAUACAACACACACAAAAAAGAGUAGAGAGAGGUGAAUUAUUAGAUUACUGGAUUGAUAUCUUAUCUUAUAGUACAAGUUACUGUCACAGCACUGAAAAAAAUAUUUUUCUUGAUUAUUUUUCUCCAGAUAGCUCUUACUCUCAGCUGUGUUUUGCAACACGCCAGUGUCUUAUUUAUCAUAGCAGCAAAGCCAGGGAGGAUUAUGAGAACACGCUUAAGCAAUUGUGGAACACACCAUCCAAUCCAAACCCAGUCAUCCCAUGUCUUUGUGUUCGGACAGGCUUGGACUUGUAUUUGCGGGUGAAAAAUUUUCCACCAGGAUCAGAAGUCAUUAUGUCUGCUGUUAAUAUUCCUGUAAGUAUAUUGUUGUAAAAGGUAGAGAAGAAAUGCUCAAAUAAAGAAUAACUAGAAGAAGCCCGCCAAACAUUGGCGACAGCAAUUCAUGAACUUACCAUGUAGUAAAGUUACUUGACAAAACAUGAACUCAAGUAACGCACAUUUAAGAAUCCCAAUAUUUGCUACACCCCUUCCCCCAUGAUACGUCACUGCACACUUUUUAUUUCACACCCAUGAACUAAAUAUAUUCUCACAUUCUAACCACUUUUAAACCGAAUAUUUUUUACACAAUACUUAAAUUGAGACAAUUCCGAAAAGAAAAUAUUACGCACCAAACCCAAUUGCGUUAUUAAAUGUAUAUAUAUAUAAUAUAUAUAUAUUAUUUAGCGUAGUUAUUGAGAAUUAUAUUUUUCACGCUAGUGAACUCAUUAUUGAACCACACUCUGGCGUGCGAAUUAUGUAUAUAGAUAUCAUAAAAGAGUAAUCAAAAGGAUUGUUGACAGUUACAUGGUUUACCAACACCUGCAUUUACUAAAAUGUAAGAAAUUGUAGUACUGGUGCCACAAAACCUAUUGCUUGCUGCCAAAAUCAGUAUGAAUUAUCAUUAAUUGUUCAAAUUUAACAUAGUAAUUUGUUGCUGACUGCCAUAUUUUAUUAUCUUACAGCGGCAUUUUUAUUUAUCCACCCCAAAAUUCCUCACCAGUAUUUAAAAAUCCUUUAGAGCUUCCAGGUUUCUUUUUCCAUUUUAAUAAUAAUACCGGUAAACAGUUUUUAAAUGAUCCACUUUUUAUUCAUUUUACCGGUAUAUCAACAUCAAACCUGUAGAUUUAUUGAGCUUUUCUUUAAAAACUAUAUAAAUUAAGAGUUGAUAACGAAGUACUAACUUGUUCGGGUAAGUUAGUUUGGUAAAAAUUGAUUUUGUUUCGUUUUUUUGUUAAAAUCCAGGACAUGGCGAGCAUCAUUAGACAUCAUCAAUUGACUGUUGUACCUUUAGACAUCAACAUUGAUACACUAGAACCCAAAUUGCCUCUCUUGAAGCGGCUCAUUAACCGAAACACUGUUGCCAUACUGGUAGCCCACCUGUAUGGUCGACAGGUCAACAUGGAUCCUUUCAUAAGUGUAGCCAGAUAUUACAACCUUGACAUCAUUGAGGAUUGUGCUGAAAGUUUUUCUGGGUUUGUGCACAUUGGUCAUCCUGAUUCAGAUCUCGCCUUAUUCAGCUUUGGUGUUAUCAAGUUCUCCACCUCUUUUGGUGGCAACAUCAUCAAGGUUAGAGAGGAAGAGCUCUAUCGUCAAAUGCAUGAACUUUACUUAAAAUACCCUAUUCAAAGCAAUGCAACAUAUUUAAAGAAAUUAUUGAAGUAUUUCCCCUUGUAUACAACAUUGCAAGUCUGGCCAUUCCCUCAACUGAUGCAGAAAUCAAGAGAGAUGGGUAUGGAUUGGAAAGCCACUUUUGUCAGCUUCCUUAGAGGUUUCCCAAAUGACCUUAUAAAUAACAUCAGGUACAGGCCUAGUUCUGCCCUCCUUUCUGUUAUGGCCGGUGUUCAGACAUCAUUUAACCCAGCCAGCUUUGAUCUGCAGCGCAUUAAGUGCAGCUACUUUCAGUCAAACUUGACCACUUCUUUAAAAGUAAUCGGCACCAAAACCAAGAUAAACAAUUUCUGGUUAUUUCCUGUCGUUGUGGUGAGUCUUUUAAUCCAAUUUUCAUGUGUAUGAAUGUUUCUAUCUCUGUUAAAUGUUUUUUUAAUUUUUUUUAUAACACUAUCAUAUAGUUUUUGUAAACUUAAGGAAGUAUUAAGAUCAACUAGUAACUAGUAUCUCGCCUUUUCUAAAUGUAACUUAUUUUCCAAAGGAAAAUCCUGAGUUGUUCGUGAGAUGUCUUGGAGCUUUAGGUGUAGAUGCAUACAGAGGGGCCACCCAACUCAAUGUCAUAGAACCAGAUCAGGUUGACCUGCCCUCUCAGCCAAAUAUUGUCGGCGAGGUUGUUCCCCCUGAAGAUCGUUAUCCCCUCAAUGCCAGGUAUUUAAUAGAUCAUGUUGUGUACAUGCCCGUCAACAAGUUUGUUCCUUUCCAUGUCAUUGACCACAUGGCAAAAGUCUGUAAAUUGGUUAUGUUGUCCAUGUCCAGCCCACCGAAGCAAGCCUUUGAUCUGUGCCGGUCACUAACCAAAUCAAAGAGGAUGUCGUUGGUCAAAUCUAAAUUGUAGUUUAAAUAAUGCCCACGAAGGCAGACAUGUUUAUUUUUAAUGUGCCUUUUUUGUUAAUUGCUGUUUGGGUUGAUUGCUCAACAUUUAAAACCAUUUCUUUUUGGUGGCAGAUGUAGUUUUGGUGAUUGAAGUAUUUUCAAAGACUUUGUAAAUUGUAUUUAUUCUGUUUACAGAUUGAAAAGAUAUUACAUUUUUUAUACAUUCCUAAGUAGCAUGUUUUACAUAUUUUUAAGAAUGUACAUCGACAUUUUUUUUGCUGUCAGUGAACUUUAUUUAAAGGUUGAUUUUAUCAGUUUUAGAUUAGAACUGGUACGGGUAAAUAAAUUUAUGAAAAUUUGAGCAGAGUUUCCAUCAGAUUUUUUAAAAAAUAUUGCUCAAUAA